GGCGGACAGGCCGAAGCGGGGCAGAGCUGAAGGUGUGCCCGCGCCUGGCGCGCCCCCCGGACAGAACCGCCCCGCCGGCUGCUUCCGUUCACGCGGCGCUGCAGCGGGCCGCGGUCGAGCCCGGGUCCUCGGAGCAGGAGUGAGAUGGCCGCCCUCGUGCGAAGCACUCAGGCUCUCCAGCUCACGCUGGCCCUGAUCAAGCCUGACGCGGUUGCUCACCCACUGAUUCUGGAGGCUGUUCACCAGCAGAUUCUGAGCAACAAGUUCCUUAUUGUACGAAUGAGAGAACUUCUGUGGAGGAGAGAAGAUUGCCAGAAGUUUUACCAAGAGCAUGAAGGGCGUUUUUUCUAUCAGCGGCUGGUGGAGUUCAUGGCCAGUGGGCCAAUCCGAGCCUACAUCCUCGCCCACAUGGACGCCAUCCAGCUCUGGCGGACACUGAUGGGACCCACCAGAGUGUUCCGAGCUCGCCAUGUGGCACCAGAUUCGAUUCGUGGGAGCCUGGGCCUCACCGACACCCGCAACACAACCCACGGCUCCGACUCUGUGGCCUCAGCCAGGAGGGAAAUCGUCGCCUUCUUCCCUGACUUCAGCGAGCGGCGCUGGUAUGAGGAAGAGGAGCCCCAGUGGCGCUGUGGCCCUGUGCACUACAGCCCCGGGGCGGGCACCCACCGUGCAGCGGGCCGGGUGGCCCAGGGCCAGCCGGGCGCACACCUGCCAGGCUCUGAGGACUGGAGCCAUUGAGGCCUCCCCUAUAGGCCCCUGGCAUAGGACCAGGAGGCCCGCAGCUUGGGGCACCGCCGGCCCCAGGACCUCACUCCGUAGUGCCGCCUCCUUUGGAAUCUAGCUGUCUACCUCCUCUCUGGCACGUUCACGGGUGGUUCAGAGAAGCAAUGGUCCACCCUUCCUGGAGCAGCCUGCCUAGCUGAUGCCUGGAAGAGCGGUGUCUGCUUCUCCAUCAGUGAGUCGGCUGCACCCAGUGCUCCCUAUCCAUCCUCCCGGGUCCUGAGCCCAGGCCUCCGGUCUGAGUGAAGAGAGAACUGAGUCGAGACCCCCCAGAAGGUCCACACACAGCGGUGCUCGUGCAGGGCCAGCGACAGGCCUGAGUGUGGGCUCCAGCCGUGCUGGGAGCCAGGCCAGGGCUCGCCCAGGGGAAAGGGUGCCUUUCAUUUGAACAAAGGUGUGUCUGCCUGGUAAAGGCAUAUUUUUAUGCCUCACUGUUAUUCUGAUCUGCAGAGGUCCACCAGAGGUGGCCAAGUCUCUCUUGUUGCUGAGGAUGACUGGUGCCUAUUACCUCGUUACACAUUACCUCACGAUUUAGUGGCUUAAACAAUAACUUACCUCACGUG